UUCUCUACCAUUCAGAUUUUAAAUCGCAUUUACUUUUGGUUGUUUUUCUUAGAUCCAUGUCUACCCAAGUUCCAACCCAUCAUUGUUUUCUUGAGCUUGGACAAUAUCAAGAAUCCUUUUGGCAGAUGUUUUUCCAGGUGACCUUUUUAAAGAGUGCUCAUGUCUGAUAUUUUAAUAGAGAAUACAGUGUUCUAUCAUUUUCAUGGUUAUUACAUGAAUAACCCCUUUUAUGAUCUCUGUACCCCUCAACUUUUACCGUGACUUCUUUUCCUGCAAGGAGUUGGGAACUCUGAAAUGGUAUUAAAGUCAAUUUAAUAACAUGGUGGCCUUCCUUGUAUACAUUUAUUCGUUGUGCAUGGUAUCGAGUAGCCAAUGUAAAUAGCAUGGAGUUCUGCAACUUUCUUGAGCUUUAAACGUGCUAAUGGAGAUGAAUAACAAGGAAACAGUGUCCAAGAUGGAUGGUUACGAAGUGAUAGAACAGAUUGGGAGAGGAACAUCGGGAGCAGCAUUUCUCGUUCUACACAGAUUGGAGAGAAAGAAGUAUGUUUUGAAGAAGAUUCGUUUGUCUAGACAAACGGAAAAAUUCAAGCGUGCAGCUCAUCAAGAGAUGAAUAUGAUUGCAAAGCUAAAUAACCCUUAUAUUGUGGAGUACAAAGAUGCAUGGGUGGAAAAGGAAUGUUUUAUCUGCAUUGUGACUAGUUACUGUGAGGGAGGAGAUAUGGCUGAGAUGAUAAGGAAAGCUAGAGGAACAUUUUUUCCAGAAGAGAAGCUCUGUAAAUGGCUGACCCAGCUAUUGCUAGCUGUGGAUUACCUCCAUUCCAACCGUGUUCUUCACAGGGAUUUAAAGUGCUCCAACGUUUUCCUCACAAAAAGCAAUGACGCCAGGCUUGGUGACUUUGGACUUGCUAGAUUGCUUAACAAAGAAGACCUUGCUUCCUCGGUUGUGGGCACUCCCGUCUACAUGUGUCCAGAGCUUCUCGCUGAUAUACCCUAUGGAUACAAGUCGGACAUAUGGUCAUUAGGUUGCUGCAUGUUUGAAGUAGCAGCACAUCAACGUCCAUUUAGAGCUCCCGAUAUGGCUAGACUUGUUAACAAAAUAAUCCGCUCAUCCAUGUCCCCACUACCAGUUGUGUAUUCCUCUACAUUGAAACAAAUGAUCAAGAGCAUGCUAAGAAAGAGCCCAGACCACAGGCCAACAGCUGCAGAGCUGCUGAGGCACCCCCACUUACAACCAUACCUUGCUCAAUGCCACAGUAUAUCUCCUGUUUUCUUACCUGUAAAGUCCGAACACAGCAACAAGAUUCGACCAAAAGGAAACCAACUGUCUAACAAAUUGAGUGUUGGAAAAGAGACCAAAGAUGGAAAGGCAAGGUCAUCAAGGGAGUUGCAAAGCGUUGGGGUUGGAAAAACAAAUGUAUUCAUUAAACAAGCAGCAAGUGAAACUGACACCUCUGGUUCUAAUGGAAUUAAAGUUGAGACAAAUGUGGUUGAUACCACGUGCAAUUCUGAGCCAACAUAUAGAGUAGAAAAGGGUUUUAGAGUUAUCCCCAAUUCUGUUGAACAAAUUGGAAAUGCCAACUCAGAAACUGCCUCGAUGCAUGUGUCAACAGAUUAUCAUGAAAAUAGGAAGCAAGGAUCUGCCUCUAAGGACUCCCAGAUAAUGCAUGAAGAACAGCAAGUUGCCAGAGAAGCCAACACAAAGGUUGGGAAUGCUAGUGAAAAACUUCACAAGAUAAUGGCAACAACGUAUGCAAAUUGCAACUGUUGUGAAAUGGCAUCCCAGUCAAAUAAAAAUAACAAAUGUGAGCGUGGUGUGGUGCCCAGAUGCUGUUCACAAACUAUAAUGAUCCCAACACAUUCUUCCACAGUAAGGGUAUCACUGGCAAGUAAAAUCGCAGAUCUUUGUGAAAAUGAAUUCAAAGGAAGAGAAGAUAGUCUUGUCUCUUGUAAGAAGACACAGAAAGAGGUUAUUUCCAACUCGAAUGGAUUUGCUAGCAACUUCACUUCAGCGAGUAUGCCAACUUUGGUACAUGGUGAUGAGACAAGGACUGAGUGGGAUCCUCCAAUCAGGCAAAGAGCUGAAGGUCUAGAGUCACUACUAGAGAUUUGUUCAAAGUUACUAAAACAAGAAAGGUUUGAGGAACUUGCAAGAGUGUUGAGACCUUUUGGUGAAGAAGCUGUGUCAUCAAGAGAAACAGCAAUUUGGUUGACUCAAACCCUAAUGAAUAUUUGCAAAAAUGUUAGUGGAAAAGACUCAAAAGAGUCUAUGUAAUAUAGCCUAGUUGUAUUACGUACCAAGCUGCCUAGUUAGCGAUAAAUUUCCUGGUGGCGCUUUUCUGUCAGUUUUAUUUAUUGAUAAGAACCAUCUAUAUACAGUUUGAUAGGAAUAAAUCCGAAGUCAUGACUCAUA